UCGUGGAUCGCGUUUUUGAAUCGUCUUCUUCCUCUUCCUCUUCCUCUUCCUCUCUCACUUUCUCUUUCUCGCUCUCUUCUUCGAUCAAACCCUGAUCCCUCGCUCUUUGUAUUGGGAGGAGCUAGAGAAGCGGCGGCGAUGGCUUCGGAUAGCUUCGGCGACAAGAACGCCGUAUUCCGGAAGCUCCAGCUCAAAUCGGAGAACAAGGUGUGCUUUGAUUGCGACGCGAAGAACCCGGCGUGGGCGUCGGUGACGUACGGGGUCUUCCUCUGCAUCGAUUGCUCCGCGGUCCACCGCAGGCUCGGCGUUCACAUCAGCUUCGUGAGGUCAACUAAUUUAGACUCAUGGACUCCGGAACAGCUAAAGAUGAUGGCUUUCGGAGGCAACAAUCGCGCGCAGAUCUUCUUUAAGCAGCAUGGGUGGACAGACGGUGGGAAAAUUGAGGCCAAGUAUACAUCAAGAGCCGCUGAGUUGUACAGGCAGAUGCUGUCCAAGGAGGUUGCAAAAAGUCUUGCAGAAGACAAUAGCUUGCCGUCCUCACCUGUUGCUGUAUCCCUGGUACCAGAUAUAGGAAGUGGACUUCCUGAACUUAAGCUUGCGGAGGAAACAAAAGCAAGCACGAAUGAACAGCAUGAAACUGAGAUUGCCUGUUCCCCUAGAGGUCCAGUUCGUUCUACAUUUAUCAGUUCUAUCAAGAAGCCUAUUGGUGCAAAGAAGAUCGGAAGCAAGAGUGGAGGACUUGGAGCCCGAAAGCUUACUACAAAGCCAAAUGAAAACCUCUAUGAUCAGAAGCCUGAAGAACCAACCCCUGUUUUGACAUCCUCGGCUAGUACCACCACAUUCCAAGGGCUAUCCCUCCCUUCUCAAUUUGAAUACAUGGAAGAUAUACCAUCAUCGGCUGAGAUCACCUUCGGAGGAGCUCAGGAUAUCGGUCAUGUUACACCACCAAAAUGUUUGAACUUCUUUGCACAGUUUGAAAUGGACGGUGGGUUUCAGAAAAAGUUAAUCACUGGUUCAUCCAAGGCACAGAUGCAAGAAAGUAAUGAAGCUAGACAAAAAUUUUCAAAUGCAAAGUCAAUAUCGUCAGCUCAAUUCUUUGGCGAUCAGAACAAAGCUGAUAUAGAUGCUCAAAUCUCCCUUCAAAAGUUUUCGCUAUCGCUUACUGGCUCUGUUUUCCAAAAUUCGAUCUUGGAUCUACCGGAUUUUUUAUGAGGUUCAAUACACUUUUUCUUUCUCUUUCCUUACUAUCCUAAAGGAUUGAAAGGGAGAGGCGAAAUUUUAGUUACGUCAUGUGGAAUUCUAUUUCUUCAUUUCUUCGCAUAUCAAUAACUAGAAUGAAAAAAAGGGGAAUGACAGGGCAUCUGGGAAUAAACGAUUAAUUUCUAUCAAUAGACCUGCUAAAGACCCAAACCAUAGAGUAGUUAACACAGGUGCCACGGAGAGAUAUGUUUUUAGAUCUCGCAUUGAAAAUCCUCCUUC